UCCCAUGAUUUGUCGCUGCUGCAUGCGAGUAAUCUAUCACUAUCUUCCUGUCAACCAGCAGCUGGUGUCGCCUCGAUCUACAACAUAUGAAGAAAUACCACCGAGUCCACACGUGAAUUGCGACCAAGGUUCCUUUUAAGGUGUACUGACAGGAUGUUGACCGUGGCCUUCCUGGUACAGGUCGUAAUGCACGUCACCGUGCUUAACGGCGUCAAUGCAGAUAUCUGGCAUGACAUAAAGUGUACAGCCAAAGAACUUACUGGUGGCGGCUGCGACCACAAAGAAAUUGUAAACAACAACGCUCCUCAUAUCAACUGUGAUCCUCAGAAAGUGUUCCUUGCUUCUCCAAAGGCGUUGACUGCCGUGGCGACAUGGAGUACGCCAUCUGCGUAUGACGACGAAGACGGUUCCCUGACCCCACAUCUAGUUGGGUCAAAGGGACCGGGCUCCACAUUCAGUGAAGGCACCCACACCAUCUCCUACACCGUCACCGACAGCCAUGGCGCUAAGGGCAGCUGCUCCAUCGUUAUCGUGGUCAAGGUGACACGAUGCAGCAAACCCCCCGAAAUCGUCAACGGUAUCAGAACCUGCACCGACACUUCCGGGUCCACUGUUAUCGGAGACACGUGUUCGUAUACCUGUCAGGCUGGCUACAAACUGACUGGUACCUCCACUGUCACAUGUGACCAGUCAGGCAGUUUCCGUCCCGACCUACCGAAGUGUGAACCUGUACACUGCCCAGCUCCUAAGAACAUAACAGACGGUGUGUACACCUGCCCCAGUACAAAGUAUGAGUUUAAAGAAGCAUGUUACUUGAAGUGUGAGACUGGAUCCAGGCCUGGGACCGGCGACCAGCACAUCACGUGUCAGGCUGACAGGACAUGGACAAAGUCUGCUCCAUGUGUAGAUGACAUACGCCCGGUUUUUACCAGCUGCCCCCUCAACCUCACCUUCUUCUCCGACCGAGGAGUCAACCACACCAAUGUCACAUGGCCCUUUGUCACUGCCAGUGACCCUCCAACCAACAAGACUGCUCGGGUUGUCUUGGCAACAUCCAAUCCAUGGGGGACUCACUUUGACGAAGGUGUACAUCAGGUGACUUACCACGCCUUCGACAACGCUGGGAACAAAGCCGAGACACCAUGUUCUUUCACGGUGACAGUAGAAACAAUCAGGUGUCCCCACCCUAACCUCCACCCGGGCGGCAAGAAUCUGAUGGUGUAUGACUGCAGCAACUACAUGUAUGGGACGGUGUGCCCUGUCUCCUGCCAGUCCGGCUACCCCUUGGGCGGACCCGACCACAUCGUGUGUGAGAGAGACACCUCUUUCCCUCCAGUAGCUACCUGGACAUGGAACAAAACAAGCGGUCUCACACCCUACUGCAUGGAGAGAAACUGCACGGACCUUGCAGCCCCGGAUAACGGUGCCAUGGUUUGUGACAAGUGGAUGCACGGACGCAUGUGCCAGAUGCAGUGCAGCAGCAACUUCAGCUUCCCCCGCUCAGCUCCCCAUGACGGCAUGUUCGUGUGCGGCACAGCGCGGGGCACGUGGAUGCCAACAGAUGUAGUUCCCGACUGUGUUGCAUACUCUGGUUUCUCAACGAUGAGGAUGCCAGCCUACUUCUACUACAAUGGCUCGUGUCCAGGCAACCCCGGGGUUCAGAACCAGAUCAAGCUCAACUUCAUCAAGGCUGUCACCAGCUCACUCAAGUACGGCUUUGAGUCUUGCACCAAUGUUGCAGCUUGCCAAGCAGACAACGUCCAGGUAACCUGCGGCAAGGUGACUCGAGGCCUGAGCAGACGGGAAUCCAAAGACUCACUCACAAUCACGUUUGACGUAGUGGUUGCCUACGAUGAGAGUAAGGGUACUGGACCUGCUGCGCUGGGUUUCAACGAUCAGAGACUUCACUCUGUGGCUGCGAAACUACAGACGGUGGCUCAGAAUAACUCAUUAGGUCUUGACAAGUUCGGACUGAAGCUUGACAAAGCUAACGUAGAGCCACAGACAGCCACUCUGGACUGCCCCACGGGAAGGAUGCCAGACAUGGCUAAAGGAAUGUGUGUUGGAUGUCCGAGAGGUUCCCACCUCGACGCGAGCCAGCAGAAGUGUGUGGACUGCCCGGUCGGCAGCUAUCAGGACCAAGACAGCAGCGUCACCUGUACGAGAUGUCCGGAUCGGAUGUCCACGGCCGAUUCUGGGUCGAAAAACCUGUCAGAUUGCAGAGAUAUCUGUCAACCCGGCUUUAUCUCCCCUGAUGGCCUUGAACCGUGCAGCCCCUGUCCAAUGGGGACGUUCCAAGGAAUGCCAGGAAACCAACAUUGCUCCUCCUGCCCAAAAGGGCAGACAACUCAGUCAACCGCGUCGGCUGCACACGAAGACUGCACAGACUUCGACCUGUCCCUGCAAGCCAAUAGUGUGGCGAUAUUCAAGGCACAGCCCCAGGCCCUGAGUCAGCUGACAUUUGUGACGUGGUUAUAUCUGUACGACACCGUUACGGAGUCCUUCGACAUUGCCACGUGGCAAGAUCCUUUCACAAUGACGACGUCUUUCGCGCUUGUUCUCAGGAAGUCUCUUGAACUUAUUGCUGGAAGGUCGUCUGCAGUGACCGAUGUCCGGCUACCGGCCAGACAGUGGACACAUGUGGCCCUACAGGCGGACAGUCAGUCAGGGAAUGUCACUGUGUACGUCAAUGGACAAGUGGCAGGGACGCAGCACAUGGCCCUGUCUGGAACACUCAUCCCCGCCGGCCACAGCCUCACCACUAGGACCAGCAACAACGUGCCUGCUGUGCUCUCCCACGUGAUGGUGUACGACUCCGUGGUCCCGGGUACGACCAUCUCUCACCUUGCUGCUUCCUGCUCAACACACGACACAAACUACAUUAUUGACCAGACCGACCUCACCGACCUCUCCGACGGCGUCAACCACGUCAUCCCUAGCGUCUGUGGAGAAUUUCUCCAGUAAACAGCAGCACGUUCGAUGGACUACCACCGUCUGUCAUAAUAAUAAUACAUCGUCUGUAAUAAACAAGGCAAUAAAAAAUGUAAAGAACUAA